CUCUUUGAACACUGUGCAGUGCAGUGUCAACCAAGACCCAUGUGUGCGGCAUUCAUUUUAUUUCUCUACGCAUAAACUAGGAAUAAAGCAUCAACAAGGAAAACAUAAAGCCAUUUGUACAUAUGUAUAUGUUAGCAGUUCAGUUAAUUACAUGAGCUGAGGAUGAGCAUAUUUUUGACUGUCUGAAAAUAUUUAUCGUAGUGUAAGUAGUGAACUCGAUCGAGAAGACAUGCAGACAAGUACGAGGCGUGGAAACAUGAGAUUUGUCUCAUAUUGCCUCCUCCUCCUUGUCGUGGUCUUAGGGGUCGCUUGCAGCAAUGGUGAUGGUGCUCGUCGUGUGUCGAAUGACCCUCCUCGACCCCAUGUCGACUUGAACGAUGGGGAUGUGGCGACGGACAUUCUUAAAGUAUUUGGCCGACCUGCAACCGACCCUUCAUUUCUGGGAUGUGAAACAGGUGCAUAUCCACCCACCAACACAUUGCCCCCGCCAGACGAGUACCUCAUAAACUUGGACCUCCCACCAGAAUACAGGUGGGUUCAGGUUGCAGAGGAGAAGGGAAUGCUUGUCUCCGCCAUGCUGAACAACCUCAAGAACUACACCUUGUCGCUGUUUGGUGGGGAGCUGUUCUCAUACGUGGACGCUCUAAUGCCGCUCCUGGGGCGCACGUUGCCACCCCCGUUUCGGGACGAAAUGCGGGGGAUGAGUGAGAUCAGCGGCAUUCCUUUUGGCGAGCUCGUCCUCUACAACGUUUUCUACGAGCUCUUCACCGUCUGCACCUCCAUCCUGGCGCAAGACACUGCAAAUGACCUUCUCUUUCACGCACGCAACCUCGACUUUGGCCUCUUUCUCGGUUGGGACGCCAAGAACCAGACCUGGCUCACGACCGAGUUCUUGCGACCACUCGUCAUUAAGCUCACCUUCACCCGAGGAAACCGGACCAUCUUCCAGUCUGUCAACUUUGCUGGCUAUAUUGGCAUCCUCACCGGACUCAAAAAGGACGCCUUCAGCCUUACCAUUAAUGAGCGAUUCAAUAUUAAGGGUGGCUUCUUCGGGGUGUUGGAGUGGAUCUUGGGAAAAAAGGACAUCAAAUGGCUAGGUUUCCUCACGAGGGAAGUGAUGGAGAAUGCCACGAGUUACGAAGAAGCGAAGGCCCUUCUGACCAAAUCGGCCCUCCUCGCACCUGCCUACUACAUUCUGGGUGGGGUGAGGCCAGGCCAGGCGUGCGUGAUUACGAGAGGUCAGAGGAAAGCGGACGUGUUGUCAUUGGGCUUAGGCAAUGGUGGGGGUCAGAAAAACAGCAGCAGCAAUUGGUACCUGGUUCAAACGAACUACGAUCACUGGAAGGAACCCCCUUUUUGGGAUGAUCGUCGCAAACCUGCAAUAACCUGCAUGGACAAAUUUGGACCCAAGGAGGUGGGGUUCAGUAGUUUGUACAACGUCCUGUCCACCAGACCAGUAUUUAACAAAUUGACGACCUACACGGCUCUGAUGCAAGUAGCAACUGGGGAGAUGGAGAUUUAUAUUAAAGACUGCCAUUCUCCGUGCUGGCCCUGGUAACUGAUUCACUAACGCAAGCUAAUUUUCAUGCUGAAAUUAAGGGUUCAUUUGUACAAUUAUGUUUUAUUUACAGUAAUUUGUCACAAAGUCAUUAAAAAUACAUGGUAGUUUUAAACUAAUAAAUCUGUAAAGAUUAAUUAAGCAAAUAAAAUCAUAAUUUUAAUUUAUGCCUCAUAUGACCUACUGUAAGCGGUCGAAAGUCCGCAAUUAUGAAUAAAAUCAAGUAAAAAUUGUCCUCAAAUA